AUGGCUGCUGCCCCAGUCGCGUCGACGUCCACCUCACAGGAUACUGUUCAGACAUCGAGACAGACAAAAGUUGAAGAGCAGCCGCUGGAUAUUACAGUGCUGAAGGAGCUCGCGAGAAAAGCUCUGGUUGAUGCGCUCAACUCUGUUAAUGGCGUGAAGACACUUGUUCUGGAUAAUUCUUUGGCUGGACCACUAGGACUCAUCACGGAAGUAGCCUUGCUAAAGCAUCAUGGUGUAGACAAGAUGUUCUGGCUAGAGCCUGGUCCGCUCUCCGCAACCACUACAAACGUAGUGUAUCUUUGCCGGCCAAAGAUCAACUUCGUGAGAAUCAUAGCAGACCAGAUUAAACGGCAUACCCGGGAGGGUCAGAAGCACAACUAUACUCUGUUCUUGGUCCCGCGGACAUCAACGCUUGUGUCUCGUAUAUUGGAAGAGGAGGGGGUACUUGGCGAAAUCACAGUCUCCGCGUACAAUCUGCAGUUUAUCCCUCUCGCGGAAGAUGUCGUGUCGCUCGAACAUGAUAGCGCAUUCAGGGAGAUCUGGGCAGACGGUGAUGAGACUGUGUUAUAUAAUUCCAUGCUCGCGUUCAUGACCAUGCAAAGUUUAUACGGUGUCUUCCCUCGAGUAAUUGCAAAGGGUGACCAUGCUUCACGACUAGCCAAAUUACUAUCAAAAAAUCUCGAGACGAGUACACCGGACAAUGCAAACAACAUGCUAGGAACAAUGUCAGACAAGUUGGAUUCACUGAUAAUCAUCGACCGGAGAGUGGAUAUGAUCACUCCUUUGCUCACACAGCUGACAUACGAGGGUCUCAUCGACGAAGUCAUCGGGAUUAGGAAUUCGCAUGUCGAGCUCCCGGUAUCGCUUUUGACUACGCCCGGCGCUCCAAACCAAGCUGCAGGAUCUUCGACGACACCCCAACCCCAAGCAGGCACUUCGCUAGCGCGAGAGAAGAAGAAGAAACACCACCUGACGACGGCGACUGAUCCGCUACUUGGAGAGCUCCGCGAUCUGAACUUCUCUGCUGUGGGCAAGAAGCUCAAUCAGGUGGCGAGACGGUUGGACGAAGACUACAAGCUCAGGCAUCAGGCGAAGACUGUGGCGCAGAUAAAAGACUUUGUCGGAAAGCUUGGGGGCCUACAGAGCGAGCACCAAACCUUGAGACUCCAUACUGGGUUAUCGGAGAUGCUGGUCCCUCAUACGAGGACAGACAUCUUCAACAGAUCGCUCGAGAUCCAACAGAACCUCCUUGCGUCCUACGAUAUCAACGGCCAAAUCUCCGCGAUCGAGGAGCUAAUAACUCAGGAGGCGGACAUACAGACCGUCCUAAGGCUGUUAUGUCUUGCUAGCAUCGUGACCGGUGGUAUCAAGGCGAAAGUACUUGAGAACAUCAAACGAGAGAUACUGCAAGCAUAUGGAUAUAACUACCUCCCCCUGCUGCUUACGCUAGCAUCCCCGCCUUUGUCGGCACUGUUGCCCAGCCCUCUACCGACGUCCGCGCCGCCGUCUGUCGCGGCGUCAAAGUACCCAUACACGAACCUGCGGAAGCAGCUACGCCUCCUCAUCGAAGAUGCGGACCCACUGGAAGAGCUCGAGAACGACAUUAGCUACGUGUACUCCGGGUACGCACCCAUUAGCGUUCGGUUGAUCCAGUGCGUGGCCCAGAAGGGGGGUGUUCUGAGCAACCCCGCUGGGGAGAAAGACAAGAAGGUUGCCGGUGACGACACCAAGGCUGGAAAGGGGAAGGAUGCAGCUCCGCCGAAGGUCCAGGCCCACCCAAUCGUGGGCUGGAAGGGCUUUGAAGACGUGGUCGCCACCAUCCCGGGCGCGGCGGUCGACAUUGUGCAGAAGAUCCCAGGCUCGCAGGACGGGGCAGGGCCUGCUGUUUCUACCCUGCUGCUUCCGAAGGAACAGUCGACGACGACGGUGGUCUUCUUCUUGGGAGGAUGCACAUAUACGGAGAUCGCCGCGCUCCGGUGGGUUGGGAGGCAGAAUAUUGGUCGAAGGAUACUGGUGGCGACGACGGGGAUCGUGAGCGGGAAGAGCAUGGUGGAGAGUCUGGCAGACGGCGGGGCGGUCGCUGCAGGCCCAUCCGAGGUCGGUAUCUAGACGUCGGUCGUGUGUGUCUGUAUGGAUUCGAAUAUUUCGACGUGUCACGCGCUCUGCGGAGACGGGUCUAGGCCUCUGUGACGUGACGUCGACGCGACGCGUUUGUUUGGCAACGGUGACAACACUCUCACGGGCGAGGACCCCAGGGGCAGCCCGCG